AGCUCCUGUGAGAAAGGAGGCAGAGGCGAAGGGUGAGGGUGGGUCCGCGCGUCCUCAGAUCCCGCCGGAGCCCCGGAGCUGCAGCUCGCAGACUUCUCCCGCACAGGGCUCGCAAAGAGCGUGAUUCGGAGAGCCUGGGAAUCACGCCGAGACCUGCAAACCAGAGAGGACUCUCUUCCUUAGCCUUCCGGAAUAGCACUUAAGGCUGGAGGCAUGAGUCCUGUGAGGCAGUGGGGCAGCCCCUGCCUUUUCCCCUUGCAGCUCUUCAGCCUCUGCUGGGUGCUCUCGGUGGCCCAGAGCAAGACAGUGCGAUAUAGCACCUUUGAGGAGGAUGCCCCCGGCACAGUCAUCGGGACCCUAGCGGAGGACCUGCAUAUGAAAGUGUCUGGAGACACAAGCUUCCGCCUGAUGAAGCAGUUCAACAGCUCUCUGCUCCGGGUGCGCGAGGGCGACGGGCAGCUGACCGUCGGGGACGCCGGCCUGGACCGUGAGCGGCUGUGCGGCCGGGCCCCGCAGUGCGUGCUGGCCUUCGACGUGGUCAGCUUCUCUCAGGAGCAGUUCCGGCUGGUGCACGUGGAGGUGGAGGUGAGGGACGUCAACGACCACGCGCCGCGCUUCCCUAGGGCCCAGAUCCCCGUGGAGGUGUCCGAGGGUGCGGCCGUGGGCACGCGCAUCCCCCUGGAGGUGCCGGUGGACGAGGACGUGGGCGCCAACGGGCUGCAGAGCGUGCGCCUGGCCGAGCCCCACAGCCCCUUCCGCGUGGAGCUGCAGACGCGCGCGGACGGCGCCCAGUGCGCGGACCUGGUGCUACUGCAGGAGCUGGACCGCGAGAGCCAGGCCGCCUACAGUCUGGAGCUGGUGGCCCAGGACGGCGGCCGCCCGCCGCGCUCCGCCACGGCCGCCCUCAGCGUGCGCGUGCUGGACGCCAACGACCACAGCCCGGUCUUCCCGCAGGGCGCGGUGGCCGAGGUGGAGCUGGCGGAGGACGCGCCCGUGGGCUCGCUGCUUCUCGACCUGGACGCAGCCGACCCCGACGAGGGUCCCAACGGCGACGUGCUGUUCGCUUUCGGCGCCCGCACCCCGCCCGAGGCGCGCCGCCUCUUCCGGCUCGACCCGCGCUCAGGCCGCCUCACCCUGGCGGGGCCGGUGGACUACGAGCGCCAGGACACCUACGAGCUGGACGUGCGGGCGCAGGACCGCGGUCCCGGGCCCCGGGCCGCCACCUGCAAGGUCAUCGUGCGCAUCCGCGACGUUAAUGACAACGCUCCCGACAUCGCCAUCACCCCGCUGGCCGCCCCCGGUGUGGCAGCCGCCUCCCCCUUCGCCGCUGCUGCCGCUGCUGCUGCGCUCGGGGGAGCGGACGCGGCUUCUUCUGCGGGACCCGGGACGCCAGAGGCUGAUGCCACCUCUCUGGUGCCUGAGGGGGCGGCGCGCGAGAGCCUGGUGGCUCUGGUCAGCACCUCGGACAGGGACUCGGGCGCCAACGGGCAGGUGCGUUGCGCCCUCUACGGGCACGAGCACUUCCGGCUGCAGCCGGCCUACGCGGGCAGCUACCUGGUGGUGACCGCGGCGUCGCUGGACCGCGAGCGCAUUGCCGAGUACAACCUGACCCUGGUGGCUGAGGACCGCGGCGCGCCCCCACUGCGCACGGUGAAGCCCUACACGGUGCGCGUGGGCGACGAGAACGACAACGCGCCGCUCUUCACGAAGCCAGUCUACGAGGUGUCGGUGCGCGAGAACAACCCGCCGGGCGCCUACCUGGCCACGGUGGCUGCCCGGGACCCGGACCUGGGCCGCAACGGCCAGGUCACCUACCGGCUGCUGGAAGCCGAGGUAGGCCGCACUGGGGGUGCAGUGUCCACCUACGUCUCGGUGGACCCUGCUACCGGGGCCAUCUACGCCCUGCGCAGCUUCGACUAUGAGACGCUGCGCCAACUCGACGUUCGCGUCCAGGCUAGCGACGGUGGCUCCCCUCAGCUUUCCAGCAGCGCCCUGGUGCAAGUGCGGGUACUGGACCAGAACGACCACGCGCCGGUCCUGGUACACCCGGCGCCAGCCAAUGGCUCCCUAGAAGUGGCGGUCCCAGGGCGCACCGCGAGGGACACGGCCGUGGCGCGCGUGCAGGCCCGGGAUGCGGAUGAGGGCGCCAACGGGGAGCUGGUCUUCGACCUGCAGCAGCAGGAGCCGCGCGAAGCCUUCGCCAUCGGCCGCCGCACGGGGGAGAUCGUGCUCACUGGCGACCUCUCGCAGGAGCCGCCGGGCCGAGUAUUCAGGGCGCUGCUGGUCGUAUCCGACGGCGGCCGUCCCCCACUCGCCACCACCGCAACUGUCAGCUUCGUGGUAACAGCAGGCGGUGGGCGCGGGCCGGCUGCGCCUGCCAGUGCCGGAAGCUCCGAGCGCUCCCGCCCGCCUGGCUCUCGGCUCGGGGCGUCGGGGUCGGCGCUACAAUGGGACACGCCGCUGAUCGUCAUCAUCGUGCUGGCCGGGAGCUGCACGUUGCUGCUGGCCGCCAUCAUCGCCAUCGCCACCACCUGCAACCGCCGCAAAAAGGAGGUGCGCAAAGGGGGGGCCCUCCGGGAAGAGCGGCCCGGGGCGGCGGGCGGAGGAUCCUCGGCUCCCGGCUCCCCGGAGGAGGCUGCCCGGGGAGCCGGGCCCAGGCCCAACAUGUUCGACGUGCUCACCUUCCCUGGCAGCGGCAAAGCGCCAUUUGGCAGCCCCGCGGCCGACGCGCCCCCGCCCGCGGUCACCGCGGCCGAAGUGCCGGGCUCAGAGGGCGGCAGCGCCACUGGGGAAAGCGCCUGUCACUUCGAGGGGCAGCAGCGGCUCCGCGGCGCGCAUGCCGAGCCCUACGGUGCCUCCCCGGGUUUUGGAAAGGAGCCGGCGCCCCCUGUGGCUGUCUGGAAAGGACACUCAUUCAACACCAUCUCCGGCCGAGAAGCAGAGAAGUUCAGUGGCAAAGAUAGCGGCAAAGGGGACAGUGAUUUCAACGACAGUGAUUCCGACAUCAGCGGGGACGCUCUGAAAAAGGAUCUUAUCAACCACAUGCAGAGUGGACUGUGGGCGUGCACCGCUGAGUGUAAGAUCCUGGGCCACUCUGACCGCUGCUGGAGCCCGUCCUGCAGCGGGCCCAACGCGCAGCCCCCGCCUCACCCGCCGGCCCAGAUGUCAACCUUCUGUAAGAGCACGUCCCUGCCUCGGGAUCCUCUGCGCAGGGACAAUUACUACCAGGCCCAGCUGCCCAAGACAGUGGGGCUCCAGAGCGUCUAUGAGAAAGUGCUGCACAGAGACUAUGACAGGACAGUCACUCUGCUUUCCCCUCCCCGUCCAGGGAGGCUCCCAGACCUGCAGGAGAUCGGGGUACCCCUCUACCAGUCUCCCCCAGGCAGAUACCUGUCCCCGAAGAAGGGAGCCAAUGAAAAUGUGUAAUCCCGUGCUGCAUGUCUUCACACAUGUACAGGUCACUCCGAGAAGCCCCUAAGUUAUUGACCGGUUUCAGUGUUGUAUAUAUAAAUAUGCAAGAUGUGCCUUAAAAUGAAGUUCUUGGAAGCUAUUUCCAAUCACAUUGGUACUGUUUGGUAUUUGCAAACAAAAAUGUAGUUAAUGUAAUUUUUAUGAAAUGUGUGCAGUAUUUAAUUUUUCUUAUCAUGCUAUUGACUUUGAUUUCACUUGCAGCUUGCCAUUUUCUUAGUGUUUUUAACCUGUACAUUGUGUAAUGUAACGUUUGUAUAUAAUGAAAUUUUGUUAUAUUUUUAUAUGAUAAAAGCUAAAGUGGAAGUUAUUGCCAAAGGAACUGUCUAUAAGACAAAAAACAAAACAUGUUGGAAUUACUUAAUGGAAAUUUAUCUUUCACCUGAAACAACCUAGUGUUUGAGCAAUUUUGCCUUGCCAAGUAUAACUUGUAUAUCUUGAGUCUGUGGUAGAUUUCAAGUUCAAUGUUAUUUAAUUACAUUUGGUUUUCUGUAAACCGUGUCACCUAUAAGCACAGUAAUAAAGGAUUUGUCACGUGUUUGAAGAA